GACGGUCCCGCUGUGAAGAGGAUGGCUGUGACCUUAGAGAAGGCCCAGCGGGUGGGCUACACCUUCCUGAAAGCACUCCUCAGGUUCGCUUUUAUGGUCGCCAAUAACCUGGUCGCUAUUCCGUCCUACGUCCUGUAUUUAAUUGUCCUGCAGCCUCUGCGAGUGUUGGAUAGCGAGAGCUUCUGGUACAUCGAAGGAGUGUUGUUUAAAUGGCUGUUAGCUAUGGUGGCUUCCUGGGGCUGGUGGGCCGGCUACACAGUAGUGGAAUGGGGUGAUGAUGUUAAAGCGGUAUCAGAAGAUGAAGCUGUGGUGCUGGUGAACCAUCAAGCAACGGGUGAUGUCUGCACUCUGAUGAUGUGCCUUCAGGAUAAAGGCACGGUUGUCCGUCAGAUGAUGUGGCUGAUGGAUCAUAUUUUUAAGUAUACAAAUUUUGGCAUUGUCUCAUUAAUCCAUGGAGACUUCUUUAUAAGACAGGGAAAAGCACACCGUGACCAGCAGCUUGUAUUACUUAAGGAGCAUCUAGAAAAAUAUUAUCGGAGCCGCAAUCGGAAAUGGAUUGUUUUAUUUCCAGAGGGUGGCUUUCUUAGGAAAAGGAGGGAAACAAGCCAGGCAUUUGCCAAGAAAAACAAUUUGCCAUUUCUUCAGCAUGUCACCCUGCCAAGACUCGGGGCAACUCAAGUGAUUCUGAAAACACUUGUGGCUCCGCAAGAAAAUGGAACUCCUGCAGGUGGAGAUGCUGUGAUAAAAGAGAGCAAAUCAAAAGGUCUCCAGUGGGUGAUAGAUGCAACCAUUGCAUAUCCCAAAGGUGAACCUAUAGACAUCCAAACCUGGAUUCUUGGCUACCGACAACCAACAGUUACACAUGUACACUACAGGAUUUUUCCAAUUAAAGAUGUACCUGCAGAGCCUGAAGCUCUCUCACAAUGGCUGUAUCAACGAUUCAUUGAAAAGGAGGAUCUCUUGACCCAUUUCUAUGAAACAGGAGCUUUUCCUCCACUGCAGGGUCAAACGAAAGCUGUUUCUCGGGAGAUGACCCUCAGCAAUCUGUGGCUAGUCGGCAUACAAUCACUUGCAUUCUUGUCAGGCGGUAUGUGGUACUGCAUCUUACAGUAUUUUUAUCAUUGCCUAUUUUAAAAGUGGAAUGGGACCUGAGGACACAGUGGGAAUCGAGGCUCUUGUGAAUGAGUACCAUGUUGUAUGUGCAAAUGUGAGUAUACAAGAGUAAAGGAGAAUACUGGACGGACUCUUACCUCUCUUUGGAGAAAUUUUAAACUCCACUGAAGGAGAAGAUCAGUAACAUAGUGACCUGAUGAUGUAUUAUUUUAAGAAUUGUCUGUAUUUUUAAAAAGUGUAUACUCUCACCCACACUUAAGCAAAUUCAGCAUUUGGACAAAAGGUGCAACCGUACAACCACCGUAGAAGAAUGUCUGCAACAAGAAAACUGUCACCAUAAGUAUUUCUUGGCAUUGUAGUUAGAGCUCAGAAAACUCAGCAACUUGUCUCUUCAGUAGUCUGUGCAGCAUUGGUGUGGUAGAGAUUCCUCAUUUGCACAAACAUGUGCUUUACUGCAGCUCAUUGUGCUGGAGCCAGAGACAUCAACGGAGCUGAUGGCGGCAUCUUUGUCACUGCCCAGUCAGCAGUUGUUGUCUCAAACCAAGACCCCAACAGGGUCCUGUUCAGGUGUGUUUUGUGAGGAAUUGGUCCUUAAAAAAGCAUUGCCUCAUCAUAGUGUGAUUAGGAGUUAUCCAUAUUUGAUGAAUCAGCCCAUCCCUGCUGUGGUCUUACCAUCAGCUAACUAAAUUCUGUGUGCUAUCCGUAGCUCAUAUUAUGAGGAAGCUUGGAAAAUACUUGUCACUUGAUCUGUUUCUCCCUUUGUUCAGAAUACAUCUAGUUGAUCGUUGUCACUUUUCUAAACGCACUUUUAAAGGCGAAAAUACAGUGAAAGAAAGACAUAGGGAGUAGGAGAAAGCUUUAUCUGCCAUGCAUUGACCAAUUGCCAGAGCAGUGCCAGCUGUUUCUGAAGGCCUGCUGGUGCUGCUGGUGAUUUUUAGCCACCUUUGUACUUUGUAUACUGCAGUCCAACCAAGAUGACCUUUGGGUGGUUUAUAGAGGCCUUUUUCUCCCCUGCUAGUUGCAACAGCACUAAAUGUACUUGUGGGAGAGUUUAAAUGAUUCAAUGCCAACCAUCUUAAUGUUUUGCUAAGAAAUAACAGAGGAAAACUAGUUUCUUAGAAAAAUACAUAUUAAAAAAAAAAAAGUAAGUGUAAUUGCUACCAUGAAUCUAUGUGAGGAUAUCACUACAAAAGAAAAGAAAAAGCAAUGGUAAAUCAUCUGAGUGACUAUAUGGAGGGCAGUAUUAAUUAGCUCAUCAGCAUGCUAAAAGUCAUAAUGAAAGAAUGAGUUCAUUUUAAAGGCAAACCAGAAGUUCAGCUCCAUUUUCAGAUGUAUAAUACAAGAUACUCUCGAAAGGGAGUUUGCAGUGUGUGUCCUGACCCUGGCUGGUCUAGUUGGCAUUGUCUUUGUGUGAUUAUACACAGAUUUGAGAGAGCUGUUCCUAAAAUAAAAUUAAUCUCUCUAAAUACGAGCAGGAGAGCCAGAACUUGAGGUGUGGCAUGCUGCCUUUUGUACGUUGAUUUUCUGAGAACCAAGUAAGCCCUCAGUGGUUUUGGCUCUGAGUUAGUGAUAUUGAUCACCCUUCUCCUGCUGUAUGAAUCUGUGGGUGGCAUGCAAACCACCGCAUGAAACAAAUGCAGUCAGUGGUUCCUCUGGAGGAACGGGAUGAGCAUACUAAAAUAUGAGGCAAUGCUGAUUUCCCAGGUGUAACUGAAAAACACUUUGUCAAAUUUGCCACUUCUCUUUCUCUCUGAAAUCAGUUUUAUCUUAAAGUAGCUCUGUGAUGGCUGUGGAACCAUAGGCCAUGACAGGUUCCCCCAGUUUUUGAGUCCCCUCAUGGACUAAUGAAUACCACUGCAGUGGGAAGGCAAAGGACAGCGUUUAGAUAGAGCCUUAAUAUUUUAUUUAAGAUGCUGUCUCUAAAUCCCACCUGUCUUACACCUGACCCCAUACCUGAAUGCUGCCAUAACAUAAAUCCACUUGAGAAGAGGUAUGCACUGAAAAGGGAGCAUAACUUCUUUUCUGUUGCUCUUGCUAAAUCGCAGCUGAUGGAAUGAAUGUAUUUCAUCUGCCUUUUUCCAGGCAGGUUCUGGGGCAGCCCAUCACCAUCAGGUGUGAGCAGUUAGACUGCAGCACCUGGGCACAAAUGGACUCUCAAAACUGCAAAAUGCAGGUGGUGAGCUAAUUAUCGCUGUCCUCCACAGAGUGGGUUGAUCAGAGCCACAGAAAUGCCCUUAUUUUACAGCCGUUUUAAUGUGAGAUAGGACAGACUGGAGUGAUACAAUAUAAGCAGAUUGCACAGCGGUAACUUGCAUCAGGAGGCUGUUUGUAAUAGAUCCAGUAAACUCCAUGUAAGAGCAUACUCUUUUUUUUUUUUUUUUAACAAUGCAGUAUUUUUUCCAAUGGAUUGCAGUCAAUACUUAGUGUUCACACACUGCCUGAAGAAAUUAGUAAUGCGCAGUAAUGUUUGGUUUAUCUGGUCCCGUGCAUUUUCACUUAGUUCCUUUAUAGUUCUCGCUAUUGUGAGACAUCUGUUUGAAAGCACUGAAUGUUGUUUUGAGAGGUUGAGUAAAUAGUAUUAGGUCCUAGGCUUCUUUCCUGCCUGCACUGGAACAUGUGAGCAGAGCGUGGUGUUGUCUCUCGCUCCGGCUGAGCUGCUGUAGGUGACAGUCAAAUGAAACUGAAGAAAAUCCAAAGUACCCUCCCGGUUGAACUUGAAUGCUACUUUAUGACAGAAUAAGUUUUUCUGUUAAGGGAAAAACACUGUGGGAAAUUCUGCACUAAAAACACUGUGCUGGUGAAGGCUAGAGCUUGGCAGGCAAAACAUUGGAUCCCCGUGGGUUCCAGCUGGGUCGUACCUUCUGGCAUUGGCUGGGGUACAGUUGGGGCAAGUGUUGUGCUGCUGCAGCCAAGGGGUUCCUCUUCUGAAGAGUUCAACCUGCAUUUGCUAAAAAUGUUUAUGAACCAUGCAGUUGAUCACAAAAUGGUUAAUUGCUGUGAUUUUAAAUAUGUGUUAGGAGAGAUAAUAUGGAAGAAUGUAUAAAGUGACAACAGGAUGAAAAAAAUAAAUUGAAAGCUGUUGCACACACAGGUGAAAACAUAGCGGUUCAAGUUUGUUGUGAAUAAAGACGUUUCUCUGUCAGGGUUGCACUCAACAUUUGUAAGUUUCUCUGUUUAAUUGUUCAUAAACAAGUUUCACUGGAAACAGUGCAAGUCCCAAUGGUUUAACAUUCCUGCUCUUACUGAAUUUCAUCAUAAGAAAAAUAUCUGCCCCUCCAGAAUGAGCAGCGCUUCUAUUUUAGUGCCCUUUGCAUGUACCUUCCUUACAGAUUCUCUUAAACUGUACGUAUGAUGUUGUUACCACACAUUUCAACAGUGAUGACUCUUGCAGGAGAGAUUUUUUUUUUCAGUUGCUCUCAUCAGAUUUUGAAAAGAAAGAUUACAGUUAACCUCAGUCCCCUGAAAAUUAAGAGCUUCCUUCUCCCUGUUCCACCCUGAGCCUCAAAACAGGAUGCAUCUUGCUGCAUUGAAAUGACUGCUGUGGUACUGCUCAUUACUCAUCUUUUUGUAAAUGAUGUAAUUGUUUUGGGUGUUUUGCCAUUAAGUGCUGUUAACUCUGUCAACUUUGUUUGUACAAGUGAAUGCAGAUACACCGAUCACUGUGUGUGACAGAUUCAGCUGCUCUGCUUUGCCUGGACAUAAAGUGUUGGAACCAAAGGGACUUAGAGCUGGGAGCGGGUGUGUUCUGAGACAGCGGGCUGGAGGCUGUGUGCUGGUCUGAUACAAUCACACAACGUAAUGACACGUCCGGGUACUGUAUUGUUUGGAAAUAAUGGAGCCAUACAAAAUAAAGGGUUAUUUUGCAAAUCUGCAUACUUGAUAACUUUCACACUUUUUUUUUUUAAGUAACAACAAUUGGAAGAGUGAAACUGAAACUAUUCUCUGAUUUAAAAGUCUGUGUACGUUAUGAAUGCUUCUGAGCAAUUUCACCUUUUCUGUGCAAAAGCUGUAGACUUUGCCUGGGAUGCAGAAAGAAUUUAAAAGAAUUCUGUGUAUCUUGAAGUUAAAUCUUUGAUUUAAGCAUCGGAUAAUGAAGUUUAGUUAUACACUGAACAGCUGUCCUCUUACAGUGAGUGAGUUCUUUUAAAGUUUCUCUACAGUGGUGUUUGUUUUGUAUGAUAAAAGCUAGUUUUCUUGAUAGCAUUUAUGUUAGCAUCCAAUUUUCUCCUUCCUCUGUGUUAGCCAUACCAUGCUCUGUAUGACAAAUGGGUGCAGUUACUCUGUGAUUGUGCAGAAGGCUGUUGUGGUUGGAUUCAUUGUACUAGCAUUAUGUCAUUGGAUUUUUUUUAUCACGUAUUUCCACCAGCGGAGAUGUCUUUCAGAACUGCAGGCUGAUACCAGAAGAAGCAUUUCUCUUCAGAGACUAUUAGGUGUUGUUUUCCCUUUUUUUGGGGGGUGACAAAAUAAAGUUGAUUUUUUUUUU